AUUCUGGGCCAACCUGAGCACCAAGCUCCCAGCCCUGCUGCAGCCUCCCCCCAAAUCUCCUGUCCCCAGAUCCUCCCCCGCCUGCUGCUGCUCCCCAAGGGGGCAGGUGUGAGCGCCAGGCCCCAGGGCCCCGGGAGGGUGUCCUUGCCAGGAGAGGGGUAGUGUCCGCUCAGCCGCCAUUUCCCUGCUGGGCACCAUGCUGAGCGAGGUGAAGGACCCAGGCAAACCGGCCGUGCAGCAGGAACUCACCAGCUGCCUGCUCCCAUUGCUGCUCCACCUGGCAGAUGAGGAGCAGAGAGUGAUCCUGAGCUGCAAAGUGACCCUCUUCUGCUGCACCGUGUUCCUCGGCUGGGCCAAUCUGAAGAGUCUCUUCUGCAGCCUGGCCUGGGACGGCUCCUCGCAGCUCUUGCCGUGCGUCGGGAAGUGCCUGUAGGAGUACCACACCACAAUGAGGAUACUAUUCUAUUUAUUAGGUUUAAUCCUUGCCGAUUGUGUUAUAGAAAAUAUUUCCAGUCCUGUAACAACGAAAUUAAGACAUGGCACUGUACAAAAGCUAGUAGAAGGUGACCAUGCUCUAGAAUGGGUAGACAUGGGCGGACAUGUAUUUAAACAAAAGAAUGGAUCGACCAUAGGGGCGUAUCUCCGAGGGUUAACGUUCACGCAGAAUGAACUGUGGAGAUGUCGUGCUGGUGACCGCCCUUUAGGGGAAUGGAGUAUUCCAUGACCUGUGGUAAACACCUAUUAAACAAUGGUGCCACAACAAUUUGCCUGGACACACUUUCAAUCUAAAGAUCUGGUGUAUAAUAGGGAAAUAAUAUCAGCAAAAACUUAUAAAGCACUGCUUUCAAACAGCCAGCGGUGGGAAAUUAAGUUACCAGUGUUUCGCAGUCAGUUGGUUACCAUCCAUUUAGAGCAGCAUCAGGGGUAUUGUCACCUUACUGUAAGAAAUGAACUAGAAGGAAAUAUUUUAUUAUAUUUCGUAAUGAGUAAGGAUGACACAAGGAAAAACUCCUUUAAUAUCCCUGGGUGGUUAAACAUGACUGUGUACACUAGCCCUCUUCGUAAGGAAUGCAGGUGGACAUUCGAUAAUCCCCACCUAUGCCUCAAUGCAUCUAUGGCACAACCAGCUUAUGAAGGAGAGAGACGGUGCCUCACUAAUUGUAAGGUACUAGUCCCUGAGUGGACCGGAUCUACCUGUGUGUACUUGGAUGUGUUAUACCGUCCAAUAGUAAAACCUGGACAAAUAAUGUGGGUGAUCAAAUUCUAUCAUGAUCAUUUUGCCACAGAAACGGCACCCGCAACGGUCGUGUCCCCUGAAAAGAUAGUACAAUCUGUGCCUAUGACGUGUGUGGAAAAUAAAUCACCACAGCGAGUAAGUUCCUUUAAAGCCUCGCCAAGUUGCAAAUCAGAUCUGCAACCCGCUAGAUAUGUCUGCACGGGCAUAUUUAUUGAUAACAUAACUGAAUCCGGCACUUGGAACGUAUUAGGAAUUUUCGGUGCAAAAUUCCCGGUUAAAAUCCUAGUGGCUGAAGAGCCCGAAAAAUACGAAAUUGGUCCAUAUGUAGUUAAAACCAACAUGGCUCGUCAGGUAUUGAUCGAACCUGAAUAUCACGUAAAAUGGGUACACGUACCGCUUUCAUCAAACACGGCUGACAUAAACAAUCGAUAUGAACCUUUUGUAGAGCCGCUAGUACAAGGUUGGCAUAAGUGGUUGCAGUUGAUUACUAUCUCUGACUCGCCACAACGUACCAAAAGGGAUAUUGUUGCUAAGGUUUUGGGUGGAGUUGGUGCUGGCAUGGGCAUUGCCUCAGCCAUCGAUAAUGCACGCCUAUCAAAAAGUUUAGCCAGACUGACAUCAGGUACCGAAGAUUUGGUACACCCCUUAGAAGAAUCCCUAUUAGGGUUAGACAAGGUGCAGUUAAAAGUGACAGAUCUAUUGCCAAAAUGGGCAAACUCACAGGAAGACGAUCACUUGAAAAUGUUAACUGGUAUGCAAGUGAUAAUAAAUGACACAGCGCUAGCUUUGGCUUGCAUUCAAGUACAAAAUAUGUUGUUUGAUUUAUCACGAAGUAUUAUUCGUGAUGCAUUAGUAGGCCAUCUUCCUGUGGAAAUUGCCACCUUGCUUUAAAAAGUGUCAACACCUUUUGAAAGAGAAAACCUAGACCUUUGGAACGUAUUACACUCUGAAUAUGAUCCAAGAUAUGAUGUGCUCCACAUUGUAAUAUUAACAGUCUUAAGUGCACAAAAAGAUCUAGUGUACCCUAAAGCCACGCUUGGACUGAACGUAAAGGGUUCAGUGAUGAUGCCGAUUAUAAAUCAAGCUUGGGUACAUCAAAACUCUGAAGGCAAUUUCAAAAUAGUUAACAUGCAAGUGUGCAUGUCGCAAGAUCAUUUAGGCUAUGUAUGCACAUCUAGUCUGUGGACCCAAGGUCACCUCUGCUUAAAUGAGGCAGAAGGCGAGUGUAAUUACGAGUUACAUCUAACCCCUUUCGGUAAUAACCAGUCUGUAGUCGUGCAGAUUAACCAACAUUGUAUCUGCAUACGAAGUUUAUGUCCCUCGUUCACAGUGAAUAAAUUUUACAAAGUGGUCAUGCCCAAGUUAAGUAAUCUGUGUCUGUGUAAAGUUUUUGAAAUACAGGGGUGUGACAUUACUGUCAAAUUGAUCAAUGCUGAUUACGAGGAUAUAACAGUACGGUACGCCGUUAUUGAUACCAUUACAUCGGUGUCAGUAGGGCCAAAUGUAGAAUCUAUUAAAGCUAUGAUGAACCAUCCUAAUCUGAAACAGAUCAUUGCAGACAUCAAAAAUAUUAGCGAAAAGGUACAUGUGGUUGUCCAACACUCAGCAGCAAAAAUUGUACAAGUUGGUAAAAAGAUCCACAUAAAAGAAACGUUGUGGACCAGAAUAUUUGGAGAUGUGCUUGGAGACAUAUCCUCCAUUAGUUUAAGGUCUAUUGUUACCAACCCAUUAAGCCUGGUCGUUAUAUAUAUCACCAUCCUAACUAUGUACACCAUAUUAACUUGUUAUAUCUGUUGUCCGCGGAGAAGAUCAAAGGAAGAAAUAUUUGCAUUUAAUGCUGCCUAAAUAAUGUGAUGAAUAUCUUCGUUUCCCAUCAGACAUCCAUCAAGGAGGGGAAAUGUAAGGCAGAAAUGUCAAAAUGUGAUCUAUUUGAAUGUAAAUGUAAAGGUCUGAUAUAUGUCACCCUGUAAAAUAUGUAAACAGUGCAAAGGACUGUAUAAUAUAUUUGUCAAUGUGAACUUUUAUCAUAAAUGUCUGUAUGUUUAGAAUAUGCCAAGAUUUGCCAUAUUUCAAGAUGGAGUCUGAAACUCCAUCUUGGAUUUAGAAGCUUCUGAUACCAUCCAUAUUAGCCAUAGGUUCUGUCACGUCCGCAGGUGACUGUUGAGAUUUAAAACAUCAUUCACCUGCCAGUUGC